CGGCCAACCGUUUAGAUUCAACUUUCGUUUUCGAUUUUCAGAAAAUGAGUUAUCAGACACAUGCCAUAUUGUGAAAUAGCUAGCUAAUAACACGUUUUUUUUCUGUCUGCGUAAAAGCGACCAGUUUCAGGAUGCCAUCUGGGAGAAGGCGCCCACCUUUCAACUCAGUUGUCAAGGAAUCUGAGGCAUUCCUGAGCUAUUUGAGGAACAAGGAGUGCCCGGAUAUUUUCAAGCGCAAUGAACUGCGAGCCUUGUACGAUGGAGAAUUUGUCCAGUCUCGUCGAUCAGCCUCCAGGGACUAUGUGAAGGUUGCAUUCAGAGCAAUUCUACUGGAUUUGAAACACACUAAACGCAUUCAUGAAUUGGGAGACUAUUUUUCAUUCGCCAAAGACAUUCAGAUGCUGUAUGAGAAGCUGUCAGAAUCCUCAGAGUUUCAGUCCCAACUUGAAGAAUGGAAGAAAAUAGCUGAAGAGAAACCUUACUUCUGUGAAACCUGUGGGAUUGAUUGUGUCUCAGAGAAAAACCUAGAGUCGCAUAUAAAUGGCAAUCGACAUAGGUUUCACAAACUGCACAUUGAAAUAUACCAGAAAAGGGACAGCAUGAUCGCAAUUCCAAAAGGAGUAACCUUGAACAGCGACCCUGCCGUUGUCUACCCUGGUUUGAUGGAGAAACAGUGCCGCCCAGGCGCUAACCUGACAAUGACUUUAACCAUAGCAAAUAACAGUGCGGAUCAUAUUAUUGUAUUUCAACGCUUUGUGGUUCUGUGGGAUACUGGCAUGUUCAAAGUGUAUGAGCUCGGAGCGGAUAAAAACAGGAAACCAGUGAAGCAAAAUCGACAUCUGCAGUUUGGUCAGAAGGUGGAGCUGGUGAUUGUGUGCAGUGCCCCACUCGACUUUGGUAACCACUUUGUGCCCCUGUCCCUGUACUUCGUGAAGAAAGACAAGCAGACUAAUGUCGUAAUCAGUGAGGAAGAGGAGGGGGCAUCCCAGCAGGAUUUUGUCCUUAGAUUUCUCUCCUUGCAUGUGAUAGGUGAUCUACAUGAAACCUUGAAGCCUGUGGAACCAUUCAAGUUUCCCGAGGCCAUGCCUGACCGCCCUGUAGAGAAGACCGAGCCUGGCGAGCCACUACCAGAGAAGAAGAAUGAGUUGACUGGUAAACUGGAGCAUUUCCCCAUACCGAGGUACCUGCCUGUGCAGGUUCAGUACGGGAUGACUGGCACAAAUAUAACAGGCAAUAAGCAGAUUGUAAAUGCCAAACUUAGAGAAAUGCUAUCAGGGGAGCUAACUGCAGACACAUACCGGACAAGGUUCUCUACCCUACUAUGGGUGGAACAAAUACAGAUGAAGAAAGACAUCACACGCUAUGACCUCGUACAUGUCACCUUGGACAGACAUCCCACCACCGGUCGCCUUAUAUUACAGGUGCCCGGUUUACUUGAGCGUCGUCCGUCAGUGCUGCGGGGUGAUCGCGUGUACAUCUACUCCGAUGAUAACCGCGCUAUCCGCUACGAAGGUAUCGUGCACCUUGUGGAACUUGAACAGGUGCAUCUUGGAGUCUCGCCCAAGCUAAGGAACAGUUGGAUGCGUGGUCAGAGGUUCGAUAUUCGGUUUGACUUCUCUCCCCUGAAUCUGUGGGUCAUGCAUCGGGCAGUGAAAUACUCUGCAGGGGUGGCACCUAUUUUGUUUCCCACACAGUCCACUAUGUCUCCAGGCCAGGAGUCUAUAACACUCAAGCCGUGGUUUGACCGGAACUUGAAUGAUGAACAGCAGACGGCAGUUAAGAAUAUAGUGCAGGGAACCAGUCGACCGGCACCAUAUAUCAUCUUCGGUCCACCGGGUACUGGCAAGACGGUCACAGUCACUGAGGCCAUCAGACAGGUAUACCAUGGACAGGCAGACAGCCAGAUUCUGGUGUGUUGUCCAGAGAACACAGCUUCAGAUCAUGUUUUCAAGAAGUUGAUCAGCACUAGUCUGCCAGGACCAGUGAAAAAAGCAGACAUCUUUCGUCUGUACGCCGUGUCCAGGGCUUAUGCUAGUGUACCAAAUGUUAUCAGGGAGUCCAAACAGUUCAACUAUGAUCCAGUUGAUAAAGAUUUCUUCUACCCAACCAAAGCUGAGGUCAAAGGCUACCGAGUUCUGGUGGUCACUCUGAUGACAGCUAGCAGGUUAGUGACAGCCUCAUUCCCCAAGAACCACUACACGCACAUCUUCAUAGACGAGGGAGCCCAUGCACAAGAGCCCGAGUGUGUGGUACCCAUUUCUGGGCUCCUGGAUCCAAGCAACAGGGCUGAAUGUGGUCAGUUGGUCAUCGCGGGCGACCCCAAACAGUUGGGACCAAUUCUCAGGUCGCCCAUUGCUAUCCAUGCUGGGCUAGAUGUGUCAUUCAUGGAGCGAAUGAUGCGAGAUAUUGGAGAAUACAGCCGUGGGGAAGACGGAGUGUACGAUAAUCGGUACAUCACAAAGCUGGUGCGUAACUACCGUUCCCAUGAUGACAUAAUCUACGUGCCACGAGCUCUCUUCUACGAUGGCGAGCUGACUGCUGCAGGAGAUGAGAUGAUUCUCAAUUCAAUGUUGAACAAAGAUUUCCUGCCAAACAAAAAAUUCCCGCUUAUCUUUCACUCUGUGUUUGGCACAGAUGAGAGAGAGAAAGACAGCCCUUCAUGGUUUAACAGGGAUGAGGUCUCCCAGGUGGACAAGUAUCUUCAGGAACUGCUUCGAGAUCAGAAAGGUGGCAUCAAACUGAAGCCCUCUGAUAUUGGCAUUAUCUCACCAUACAGGAAACAGGUUGCUAAGAUACGGGAGAUGAUCAAGCUCAAAGGACACAGUAGUAACCGUGGCGACAUAAUGGUGGGGUCAGUGGAGGAGUUUCAAGGUCAGGAGUUCAAGGUCAUCAUCAUCUCCACUGUUCGCAGCUGUAAGGACUCAGCAUACACUGACCAGGACCUUGAGUACAGACUGGGAUUCCUCCGCAACCCCAAGCGGUUCAAUGUGGCAGUGACUCGGGCUAGAGCGCUGCUUAUUGUUAUUGGCAACCCAGUCACAUUGGAGCAGGACAAAAUCUGGAAAAGGUUUAUCGAGUAUUGUGAUGUAAACGGAGGGUUUAAGGGCCAGCGAGGGAAACUUACAUCCAACCAUGGCCUACAGGCAGACACAGAGGAGAAGAGAGGUGAAAAUCGCACCAUUUACAUCAGAGAUGAACUCAGUGCAAUACAGCAGAUGGAGGAUCCAGAGUGGAACCGCAGGGAAUAGACCAGUUGCCAUGGAAACAGAAUACUGCAAUACAUAUAUUGAAUAAGUGCCAUGAAAGAAAGGACAUACAGGGAUAGGCUUGGUUGUCAAAGAACUUUAAUAUUACCAUGAUAGAAACAGAAUAUACAGGGAUUAAAUUGUUGACCUUUGUUACCAUAGUUACUUGGCAUGCAUGGAGUAUGGUUGGUUGGAAUGGAAAUUGUACUGUUACCAUGAACACUCUUUAUCAUUGGCUUUUAAGUUUUGAAUUCAUAUAAGAUAUCAACGAAGUAUGGUCAUUAUGAACAUUACAUAGAUUAUGUCAUUUACAUUAACAAACAUGUUUGGGAUUGAUAAUAAUUGUAUUGCAGACCUUUCUUGGCCAGUGUGUAGUUCUUCUGAACUAUUAAUAGUUGGUCUGAUUUGGUUUUGACUUUUUGGUGCUAUUCCUAUGCAAUAGACAAACUUUAUUGUAUUAACUGCCAUCACAUUUACACAUCAGGGCAUUUUUCCAAUUACAUGUAGAACCGAGGUAUUUCAUAUUCAAUCUUAGUCUCUCACUGGUAAAUAUUUCCAUUUUGUUCCAUGUAUUUAUUUGUACUGUACAAACAUAAGGGUUUUGAAUGAACUGAAUAGGUAAGUAAAAAUUAAAUGAGAUGAAUUGUAGUGUAGGUGUAGUGUACGUGAUUGUUUGAGCUUAAGGUAAGCCAUCCAUCAUUAUGAUUUUUAACUUAUUUAUAUUAUUUUUGCAUGGAUUAAUUUUUUUAAUAACACCUUAAUGAUAUAUUUCUAUGGGAGAUAAUUAAUUAAAUUUUACUAUGAUUUUCUUAAUUUGUUUCUUAAUAGACAUAAUGUCUUUAUAACAAGCUCUGAGUGAAAACUAUAUUCAAACUUAACGUUUUGUAACUUUAGCCAUUGGCAAUUAUGCUGAAAUUGGAAACCUAGUGUGUCAUCUUAACAAGCCAUUAUCAGUUUGCUGAAUUUGGAAACCUAUGUGUCAUUUCAUCAAACCAUUGGCAAUUUAUAAUGCUAAAUUUUUGGAUAAAUGAAAUGAUUGUAUUGACAAAUGGUCACUAAACUGUUGUACAUAGGCUACCCUUUCAAAGGACAUUAGACACUAUCUACAUGAAUUUGCGCAUUUUAAAUGCCAAUUUUUAUUUAUAUAUAUAUAAUGUGUGUGUAUAUAAAUAAAUAUGCGAUAUUUACACCUUAACAUCAAUUCCUUAAAUGAACUGCGUUUCAGCAAUUGCGUUUAUCAAUCGAUAACGCAACACCUUCAGAUAUAUUCUGAUCGCGAUUCAUCAUAUAACAAUAUACAUAAAAGCUAUUUAUUUUGUUAUUGUUCAUUUUGUGUCAGCAGGUCCCUUAAAAUAUAAAUCAACAUUUUAGAAAGUUUUAAUUAAUUAUAUUUUAAAUGUAUUGUUGACAAGUGUUUCAAUUUAACGUUUAAAAGUGAUUUCAAGAGGUUGAUCUUUUCCCACGUUAUUGUGACGUCAUUUGAAAAUGUUACAGUCAGGUUGUUCUAUUUACAGAAUGAGUAAGACAGGAUCACUGAAGUUUUCUUAAAUGAAAUGAAGUAUUCUUGAAUGAAAUUAUGAACAAUUGGUGUAAAUAUAAGGAAUUAAUUGAAUUAUCAGUGAUAUGAACACAAUUGGGCUGGUCUACGUGUGUGUGGAGUCCUUUAGACUCCACACACUUUGACAAGCCAAAUUGCGUUCAUACCCAAAUAAUGACAUCAACCCCGCAAUUCAUUUCUUAAUUAACUCAUGCUUAUUCUAAGACUUUGUCCUUUAUUGUAAUUUUUAAAUCUGUGAACAAGCUUUAAUUUCAAAUAAUUGAAACACACUUUUUACAGAUUACAUAAAUCUGUAAACGGAUAUGGUUUAAAUGAAUUAACCUCAUGCAUUACAUAUACUGUUGAUGAUCUACUGUUGAUGAUCUACUGUUGAUGAUCUACUGUUGAUGAUCUUCUGUUGAUGAUCUACUAUAAUAGUUUGAAACCAUCUGUACUGAUCUUCACUUGUGUAAAAAGUGUCUUAUUUUUGAAGUUACUCUCAUAUUUAAAAUCAAUACAUACACAUGUAUAACAAAUAUAAAUUUUGAGUGAUAAAACCUUUUAACUACUUACUAAAUAUUGCAUUUAUGGAAAAUAGUGAUUACUGAUAACAAGAUUGUAACUAUGUAUUUAAUAACUGAAAAAUCAAUUAAUUGUGGUAAAUCUUAUUUGGGAGUAAAAGUGCAUCUUUAACUAGUUAUUAGGUAGAUUCAACUCAGUAGUUAUUUAGACGACUAUGAGCAUUUUUUUAUACGCCCAUCUUACGAUGGCCGUAUUAUGGGAACACCCAUGGCGGGCGGGCGGGCGGGCGUCUCCACAAUGUUGUCUGCUCUCUAACUUGAACAUUUCUCAUCCAAUUUCCACCAAACUUCAUGAAAGUGUUUGUUGGUGAAAUAUCUACGUCAAGUUCGAUAACAAGCCAAAUCGCUGUAGGCACUCCAGAGUUAUGGCCCCCUGAAUUUGUCAAAAUUGGCCAUUUUAGCUUUGUCCACUCUCUAACUUGAUCAUUUCUCAUCCAAUUUCCACCAAACGUCAUGAAAGUGUUUGUUGGUGAAAUAUCUCGGUCAAGUUCAAUAAUCAGCCAAAUCGCUUUAGGCACUCCAGAGUUAUGGCCCCCUGAAUUUGUCAAAAUUGUCCAUUUUAGCUUUGUCCGCUCUCUAACUUGAACAUUUCUCAUCCUAUUUCCACCAAACUUCAUGAAAGUGUCUGUUGGUGAAAUAUCUAGGUCAAGUUCGAUAACCAGCCUAAUCGCUUUAGGCACUCCAGAGUUAUGGCCCCCUGAAUUGGCCAUUUUAGCUUUGUCUACUCUCAAACUUGAACAGUUUUUAUCCGAAUUUCUCCAAACUUGCUACUAUAAAUGUUUGUUGGUAUAUAUUCUUGGCAAAGUUCUAUAACCAGCCAGGCUCUUCAGGAUUAUGGCCCUUGAAUUGGUCAAAAUUUGCCACAGUAAGUUGUCUUAGAAUCCAACAAAUUAUUGAUGGGCGUAUUUUGUGAGUGUCACUCUUGUCUUUUAUUAGAUGUACGCACUUUGCAUCAACAUGUUUUUCCCGGAAAAUAUGUCUUGAUAUAAAACACAUAUAUAUGCAAAGUAUUUUCUUAACACAUAGAGGGUUAAGAUGUUGAAUUUGAUAAAAAUGUAUUCAUAUAUAGAAUAAAGUGAAGAUUAUAUUUUAUAUGUAAAAUGCAACUAGUCAUUCCAGAUGUAAAGAAGUUACAAUAAUGGAUCUCAUGCAGAAAAACCCUAGUUGAUUAAACUCGUAUACCUAAAUAACGUGAUUAUAUAAAUUCUUUUUUCAUUAUUAUGAAAUCAGAUAGGCAAAUUUAAAUACAUGUAGAUUGUGUCCGAGGCCGAUUAUUAAUUUUUGUUUUGUUGGAUAUAUACAUUUAUUGUUGGCAUAUUAUAUUUUAAUUUACUAAGUUAUUGUUUUGUUGCUUUGCAUGGGAUUGGUUCUUUAUCUCUGCAGUUUUAUCAUUCAUCUUUGGUUAAUGAAUAAAUAUUUCAAACAG